UUGCAGCUUUGUCGACCUGACCUUGUCAAAAGCUCUAGACUUCCGGGGUCCAUUUGACAACCUAGUCUACCUUAUUUAUCUCCGCCUCUGCCUCCACUAGAAGCCACCUCGACCCUGGACCCCUUCCGUCGUCCUUUGGGCAGCCAAUCUGCCACAUAAGCUAUCGUACAUAUAGCCAGAGCUUCCCAAACACCGUCACCGACAGAAGCUUGUGUACAUUUCGCAGUUAUCAACAAACCUCCUCACAAACUACGUCGCCGCCGCGUCGAUAUGCGGGAUCCCUUCCCGUUCCCCCCGAUUCCGGCUCUGGCCAAGACCACCCAGCCAUGGGCCGACCGUCUCUCCUUGCCGACCCUGCCGCUCCAUGUCCAUGAAGUCAUUGGCGCCGCCGCCCUCUACACCUUUGUCCACGUCGUCGUCUCGCCCAUCGUGUCCAACCUUUUCUUCUCCAAGUACUACCCCAAGCACUCGCGCUCCAAGAAGGCCAACUGGGAUACCCACGUCGUCUCGCUCGUCCAAAGCACCCUCAUCAACGUCCUGGCACUAUGGGUCAUGUACGCCGACAAGGAGCGUGCCGCCAUGGACUGGGAGCAGCGUAUCUGGGGUUACACGGGUGCCUCGGGCAUGAUCCAGGCUUUGGCCUGUGGCUACUUUGUCUGGGACUUGGGCAUCACGCUGCUGAACUUUGAUAUCUUUGGCUUCGGUCUUCUCGCCCACGCUGUCAGCGCACUUGUGGUCUACUCAUUUGGAUUCAGACCCUUCCUCAACUACUACUCCACGACCUUUAUCCUAUACGAGCUCUCGACACCCUUCCUUAACAUCCACUGGUUCUUCGACAAGCUCAACAUGACCGGCUCCCGUGCGCAGCUGUACAACGGCAUCGCCCUCCUCGUCACCUUCUUCGGCUGCCGGCUGAUCUGGGGCACCUGGCAAUCCAUCGAGGUCUACAAAGACAUGUGGAAAGCCGUACACAGCGCGCCCACGCCGGAGUACAUCCAGUCCUACUACAACACCACCAGCUCCACCAUCGAUGCCGAGAACGUGAUGCUCUUCGCCGCCAAGCCUGAACCCAUCCCCGUGUGGCUUGCUCUGCUGUAUGUGGCUAGCAACUUGACGCUGAACACGCUGAACUGGUAUUGGUUCUUCAAGAUGAUUUCGGCGGUGAGGAAGAGGUUUGUGCCUCAGGACGAGACGAAGGAGGAAAAGUCUGAUCUCAUCGCUGCUGGUAAGGAGGAGAGGGAAGCCAAGUCUACCGCCACCGAACAAGCCAAGCGCCCCGUCAUCGUCAACAGACACCGUCGUCAGAACUCGAUCGAGGACCUCAUCCCCGACAACGAGGAGCUCCGCGAGGGGACGAUCCAGUAGGACUAGCGCGCCUUUUUAGGACUCCCUUCUCCUACGCGCCCGCCAUCCUCACCACCUGUGGACGGGGACGCGGUCGCCCAUAGCAGCAGCGCCAGCGGGAAUGACAAUGAUCCGUCCCUGCCGGCGCUGAGGCGUGUUAUCGAGGCCAUGAGCGCAGGUCAUAAUGGUAAUAGAGACCUGCUCGAGUUGUUACCGUUGCCACGUCCUGAGAGCGGGAACGAAGAAGAGUCUCUGCUGCUAAGGGAUGUGAUGCCGAGAAACUAUGUCAGGACUAUAAAGGAACUAAAGAAGAGACAAAGAUACGGAGGGGGAGGUCCAAUUUAGACUGACAAGCGCGCUAUGACCACAGAAUGUCGGAUGACAAGAGGAGACGAAGGAAUUAAGAGGCCGGUAUAGAGACGGACUAGGCGCCAGUGUCGAAUUCAUGCUGACAAUCACGGUGUUUUACUCGCCAUAUCUCUUUGGAUACAUCGUCAAAGAGGGUAGAUGAGUUGGAGAGGUUUGACCAGCGGACUCACGGAGUGAGGUUCCUCUAUAUAAUCUUGCAAGCGUUUCUUAUUUUAACAAUGGGACAAGGAUCAAAUGAAGCGUAUGCAUUGGCUUUGUAUGGUAGGUAAUAUCUGAGAUAUUGAUAUUGGUUUAGGGUCAUUCAAGGUAGUUUGUAGUAUAGGUUAAUGAGAAUAAUAGACGAUUAAUGC